AUACAUAUACAAGCCCGUGCAACCCUCACACUAUGUCAAAGCUCAACGAACACACACCUAUUGUAAUUUCUUUUACGUCCUGUCCCUUGCCCACUUCUUCUACCUUCAUCGAUGUCGCAUAAUCGUUACAUGUCGUGGUCAGACGUGCUAACCAUGGCGCCCACGUACCCUCCGUCUGGAACGGCCGUCGAGUAUCCUUCGCCAGCUUCUCGUCGCCCAUCAGAGUGCUUUUCUGAGAUGAGCAGCAGUCGUCGAGGGAGCUCGGCGGGAUUUGUUUCGGAUAUGGAGAGUAAGGGCCAAUGGCAAUCAUUAGGCAGCGAAUCAGCCAGUUCUAAGAGUCCACUUGCCAAUUUUGGCUUCUUUAAGAAUCUCACGGGGGAGAAGAAAACGACACGAGAUGGCCAACCACCAAAGAGGAGAGGCCCUAAGCCCGACAGCAAGCCUGCCUUGACCCGUCGACAAGAGCUCAAUAGGCAGGCCCAAAGGACGCAUCGAGAACGGAAGGAGAUGUAUAUCAAGGCACUCGAACAAGAGGUACUACGCCUAAAGGAAUCUUUCUCCAACACAUCAAGAGAACGGGAUGCAUUUGCUGAAGAGAACCGGAGACUGAAAGAACUCCUCAUGGCCCACGGAAUUUCCUUCGAUCUUUCUAGUCCGGGCAACUCUGGGCUGCACCCCGUGGGAAGCUCGACAUAUGGUGGCAGCUCCACCGGCAGCGUGUCAGGAGGCUACGGGCCUGGUUCUAACUCGACUGGCUACACAUCACCGCCGUCUAUGCCAAGUCAACCGCCAUCAGCAAUGCCAGGGGGUGGACAAGUAGUCCCUCCGCAGCAAGUUCGGCAAGCCAACGGUGCAUUGGACUAUGAUCAAAUCGGGAUUGAUUUCGUCUUAACUCUAGAGCGCCCCUGCAUGGACCAUAUGCAGUUCCUCAUGGUACGGGCGAACGAUUCCGAAUCCGACGUAAGCGGCCACGCCCUCAUGGCCUCCUGUCCGCCCGAGUCGCAUAUAGUCAACAGCCCACAAGAACAAUAUCCGCAUCAGAUGCCAGACAUCGCAAUGCCAGACCUAUUGAAGCUGUUAGACCUCAGCAAUCGCCUUCCCCUCGAUGGGGAAAUCACGCCCAUUAUGGCUUGGGCUAUGAUCCUGCAGGACCAUAGGUUUCAUGAAUUGACGACCGAAGACGUGGUGGCUAUCAAGAACGACCUUCUGGCCAAGGUUCGCUGUUACGGGUUUGGUGCCGUACUUGAAGAGUUUGAAGUCCGCGAUGCCCUUAUGGCUGUUCUCGCCGGGAAGGGCGGUAAUAAUGCCGGCAAUGCUUUUUAACCUUUUUCAUUUCUAAUCUUUAAUGUAUGCCGCUCGCUCGAAAUGUUGAUGAUAAUACGACGGCGGAGAUGGCGACAAAACUCAAUUCACGUCUGGCAUGACUUAAGAAAUUUUAAGAUAUAAGAACAGUCGAUAUGAUAUUGGAAUCGUUCAGGUUUAUAAUUGUAGUGCCAAAACG